UAUACAGCUGUGGUACAAACGUUUAUGUAUUAGGGAACAUCUUUCUUCAUCUGUCCUCCACCUCGGGCUCGAGUCCAGGAGGUACUGGAGAGCGACACGCACACUAUCGGCUACAGUAUACCAGUUAAAAUGUUAUUUUAGGAAUUAUAUGAUGCUGAAUUAUGUCUAACAACCUCAACAAUUAUUAAAUUGGUCCUGACAAUCGUUUCAGAAUCAUUAAUACAACAAUCAGCUGUUACUGCACAAAUCCUUGAUAUAAUUCCAACAAAUAUUGUUUAAUGUAAAACCCACAAUUUGACCAAGGAUAGCCGACAAAGGUGUCAGAUGUUUCCAGGAGAGUCAGUUGCUAAACCCAAGUCACCCCAAGUCCUGGACCAGCUGGUGGGCCUCAGGCGGAGGCAACAACAGCAGGUCACACAGGAGUCCCCUCAACGUCGUCUCUCACGGACUUAUUACCUGUACAUAUUGUGUGUGUGUGUGGCAAGCUAAAUCAAUAAUAAGAUCUGAUGUUCUUGGGUGAUCUUAUGAAAGUAAAGAAUUCAGAGGAACUUUCAUUUCUAGUUUAAAACCAUUUAAACAAUGUACAACAGUCACCGGCCAAAAUUGAGGAGAGAAGACGAGCAUUUUUUGCGCACCUAUAAAGUAGUGAAUAAAGAGACAGCAGAAUCUGAAACGUGUGAACAAAUUAAUGAAAAACAAGAAAAGAAAGAAGAAGAAAAUUCAACACUUAAGCUGAAAGACAAAGCCAGGUUACUUUAUAGUAUGGAGAAGUUCAGUGACUAUACAAACCGCAUCUAUGAAAGUCCUAGAAUGAAUAGUAGCCAAUUUCAGGAGAGGAAGGAAGAGCUGAAGACACAUUUGACUGAGAUAAUUCUCGCUGCUGCUGAAUGUUAUGACUACGAACCCGAAGAAACCACUAGGCAAAUUGAAUCCAUGGUCAAUGAUGUCGAGAAGAUCGCCAAAGAGCCCAUAGAUCCCGAGGAGCUCGAACAGUUACGGGAUGAUUUGAAUCGGGUAAGGGAAGAGAAGGGAAAACUUCUUAAGAAUCAGAAAUGAACAACAAGGAAGUAGGUGGCCAAAGUUGAGGAUGAUCUGUUGUGGAAGUGAUGGCUUUCAUUUUUAUAAGAGCAGUUAUGUACACAAUGAACCCCUCAGACAUAAUAUUUUCUCUUGAUAAAGCAAGUUAACAAUAUAAAUUAAGGACGUACUGUAUGCACAUGAAUAUGUCGUGAAUGAUGAAUAUUUUAUACCUGUAACAUGCUUGUUACUAUUACAUGCUUGUUACUAUUACAUGCAUAAUGUUACGAUGUAGGUUGAUUGAGUAGUACUGACGACCUCUCACUUUAUAUUGUACCGGCAUAGGAAAAGCUUCAUUAUCCAUCAAUUUACUGCCAGUACAAGUGUCCAAUCUACUAUAAUACAAUCAUUAGUGCACAAUACAGGUACAGUACAUAACACUAUAAAAAAUUUUCAAAUGUUUCACCAACAACUUCAAAAUACAUUGUUGGUUCUAUGUUAAUAUAAUGCCUUAGUGCCUCUCAUUAACAUGUUUUGGAUAAUAUUGUUGCUUUCGUAUGUGGUGUUAUGAUUCAAUUAUGUGUUUGUUAUUGAUUAAAUUCUUUUACAACUGGGCAUUGUUGUAGCAUCUGGCUCUCCUUACAUGAAUAUUAAACUGACUCUUUUUUCUA